GAACGCACCCAGUCCCUCCCGGAAGGAGAUCUGGCAGGUCCCCAGGCUGCCUGCCCCGGGAGGCACACAGGGGGCAAGGGCCAGGUCCCAGCAGCAUCUCCAGCAAGACAGUCACGGGGAGGCCAUGGAGCAACUCUUUGUUUCCGUGGGGCUGCUCGUGUGCCUGGUUUGCCUGCUGAAGUGCGUGAGGCUUUCCCAGUACCUCUUACUGAGUUUCUGGAAUGUUUCACCAAGGUCUUUCCUGCGAUCGAUGGGACAGUGGGCAGUGAUCACCGGAGCAGGAGAUGGCAUCGGGAAAGCCUAUUCCUUUGAGCUGGCUAAACAUGGACUCAACGUCGUACUUAUCAGCCGGACACUGGAGAAGCUACAGGCCGUCGCAGAAGAGAUUGAAUGGACCACUGGAAGCUGUGUGAAGAUUGUACAAGCAGAUUUUACCAAAGAAGACAUCUAUGACCAUAUUAAAGAAAAACUUGAAGGCUUAGAGAUUGGAAUUUUAGUCAACAAUGUCGGAAUGCUCCCUAGCCUGCUCCCGAGCCAUUUCUUGAACACUCCCGGUGAGAUCCAGAGUCUCAUCCACUGCAACGUCACCUCUGUAGUCAAGAUGACACAGCUUGUUCUCAAACACAUGGAAUCAAGGCGGAGAGGCCUCAUCUUGAACAUUUCUUCUGGGAUAGCCCUUCGUCCCUGGCCUCUGUAUGCCCUCUACUCUGCUUCCAAGGCUUUUGUGUGCACAUUUUCCAAGGCCCUGCAUGUAGAAUACAGAGCUAAAGGAAUCAUUAUCCAGGUCCUGACCCCUUAUGCUGUCUCAACCCCAAUGACGAAGUAUCUAAACACCAACAUGGUGACCAAGACUGCCGAUGAGUUUGUUAAAGAGUCCUUGAAAUACGUCGCCAUUGGAGAUGAAACCUGCGGAUGUCUUGCACACGAAGUCUUGGCAAUAUUCCUGAACCUGAUCCCUUCUGGAAUCUUCUAUAGCAGCACCUUCCAACGGUUCCUCCUGACACACUACUCAGAUUACUUGAAGCGCAGUGUCAGCAACAGAUAGUGGUGGGUG